CCUUCACUCCCCUCUCUCCUCUUUCUCUCCUCUCUCCUUCUCUCUUUUCUUUUCUUCUCUUCGGUUCAAACAAUGACCCAUUUUCGGAGCGACCUUCAUCAGGACCGACAUAGUACCAUGAACAGUGAGCUGAGAAACACUCGUCCAACCACCACCAAGAGAGGAAACAGCGCCAUCAUCAGAUCAGAAUAUGAGCCGGAUUAUGACAGACUAUCAGAGGAAAACCACAACCGAGGUUUGGAGUAUCAGCGUGUACCAGGAUCAGACAGAGCAGAGUCUUGUCCAGUGAAGAGACCAAGAUCCUCUCCGUCUUCCUCCAACUCCUCCUCUUCCUCCUUCAAAACAGCAGCCAGGAAAAACAGCAGAGCACCUGGCAAAGCACGCUCCUCUACAACCAACAAGAAAUUGAAGCUGGCUGAGCUGCUGUCCAUAAAGAGGGAGCUGACCGUGAUCAAAGUGCAGAUCGAUGAGCUGCUAGACUGUGUGGACAAGAUGGACCGCCAGAGGAAGGACUGCACAGAGUGUUCUGUGAGCAAAGAGGUGGGCGCAGCAUCCUCCCCUCACCGCGGCUCUGUCAGCAGUCUGGAGCGGGACAGUCCUGAGCCUGGAGAGGCCAGUGAGGAGGAGCCAGUCUACUACCAGCACUACUACACACACAGAUACACACAUCGGAUACCACAGCAUUCUUCGGAUCCUGAAGACACCCUGUGAUACUGGAGAACAAGUAUGGACUCCAAUCCAGUCAAUACAAAAACCAUCCAAGCUGUCUACGAAUAUUUUAAGGACAUCAUCACUUGCAAUCAACUGUUAUCAUCUCAUUUCAGCUCACAGCCGAAAUCUCAGAGGGAUUUUCCAAACUAGACACAGUUCAACCCUGUAUGACAAGCCUGUUUUUCCUAUGGCAGUGCGGUUGUGCUAAUAGAGUGACAAAGGCAGCAGCUGUAUCCUUAUCUGUCUAGUUUAUUCUCAUCAGCCUCUGUCAUUACAACCAAACAUCUGUGGAAAACUGCAUUAUGAUUCUGUAAGGUACAUGCACUGUUUUAUGGUACAGUGUCCAAGCUACGCUAAUUCACAAAGGAAAUCAGUCAUAAAUGGACUAUAUUGACUGCUCACAAUUUCCUGGUCAUCCCAUUUUAUUUAGUAUUAUGGGAUAUGGGGAAAUUAUGAAUCAUGAUUGGAAUGGGUUUGCUCAUAAAUAAUGUUUUGACAAUGGGUGAAAGUACCAUCUGGCAGCUCUAUAUGUACAUGUGCUGAGCUCCCGGUACUGACAGGAAUAAUUAUGCAGAUGAUGAAGAAAGAUUAUGAAGAUGCUGUUCUCAUUAUGUCGAAUGAGGUUAAAAACAUUUAAAGGAGCACUGUGCAGCUCUGGAGGGGAGUCCGCUUC